GGGGGUAGGGGUUUUCUUUGUCAGGUUGAGAAAGUGCCUUAAGACGGGAGGAGGUUCUGUCUGGAGUUUGUAUGUAUGCUGUAACAUGCUGCUGAAUGUUUCUAGGGGCUGAUAGUGUUGAUCUUUGGAGUUAAUUGCAUUCUCUGAGAUUGACCCGGGGUUCUGAAACCUCCCUGCCUUUCAUAGGCUUUAAAACCUGGUUGCAGUUAGAGAAGUGUUGAAAAGCCUCGCUACAACGUAGAACUGAUGCUUCUUUAGGGGGUAUGUAUUUAUACAAAUAAAGGAGACUAAGCAGAAGUGCCAGCUAAGUAAUACUUUGUGACAGUAUGUCUUUGAGAGAUAAUUGUGUUCUUUGGGUAUUAUCAAGUGCAGACAAAUGUGUAUUCCCGGGGGGUGUGACAGUAUUAAGAGAACCCCACCUCUUGGAAUUCCUUGAUUGCUUUUCAGAAACAUUUAUGCAGGAGGGAAUGGUAUCUAUUUUGCAUUCUAUCGUGGAAGCUAAUGAGUUUGUUUCUUACUAAUUAACUGAUAGUAGUCAAGAGGGGCUUUGCCGUUGUGCUGUACAUGCUACGCUUUUUAGCUUUUUUAAAGGCAUUUAUGCGAGUGCUGGAAUUACUGACCAAUGUCCUCACUUCUGAAUCCCUUCUGGACUAUUUGAGUUGUUCCAGAACUGUUGAUGAGUAGUUUGCAGCCUUAAUAUCUGUGGAAAAUAUUUCUGCAGGCUUUGAUAAUCUCUGCCAUGUGCUCAGAGGCUCGAGGCAGGGCCAGGAAGGCGUUGCGGUGACCUUCUGAAUUCCCUCCUGGCCUCACUUCUCUGUAAUUCUGACACUUUCUGAUACGGUUUAAUUACAAGAGCAGCGAUUAAAAUAUGAUUACCACUGUCUAAUUGGAGACAUCCUGCAGCUUUCUAUCAAAAAUAAGGUUUGAGUCGUCUGCUUCUUCAAAAUUAAUAGUGCCACAGUAGCCCCCUCCCCCCACCCAAGCGUGAGCACACAGGUCAAAUUAGAAGAUGAUGCCGUGCUCAAUUAUUUUAACAGACUCGAGGUAGGCUUUUAUAUGCUUGCUUCACUGGUACCUAUGGCUUAAGCUGGUGUCAUGUGGGUUUGGUCUUUCUUCAGCCCGAGCAGAUUUUCGUGCUUUUGCUAUUUUAUUUUACGCUAAAGUGGCCCAUGUGUUUGUCCCUAUAUAAGGACUCUUCGUGAAGAGUUGAGUUGAGGUUUGGCCCAAACUGGAAACAGCCAGCAUGCUGUGUGUGCACAGUAAGAGCUGUGCUCCUUCCUCAGCAGCCUUCCUGUGCUGCCUUUCUCAAGCAGCGUUAAUUUAGAAAUAGAAAGUGCAUUUCUUAGCUUUAAAUAAACAGCAGCAGUUUGGUUUUUAAGUCCCUUGUUUGGAGAAUUCUAGCUGAUAUUUCUUAGAGUCAGAAGAGACACUAUAAACAUUCCUCACUGUGGAUUUCAUAUAUGCUGGAAUGAAGCAAACUGUAAGGCCACCCAGGGGGGCACAGUGUUGUAGGGGAUAUCACAGGAUGUUGUAGCCAAGCUUUCUGUUCAUUAGGAUUCUGCUCCUGCUGAAAUCCCCAGCUCGCUCCCCAAGGUCCGUUUGCUUUGUCAUUCCUCCUUUCCCUUGGAACGCUUGGAGAAUUCAUCACUGAGAAGUGAAAUAUGUCUAAAGUUAAAGAUGUCUGAAGGCAGUUCAGAAAUGGUGAAGCUAUAAUUAGUGUGGGACUGUAUGUUUCACUUAGUUCAGAAACAUCCUUCAGUGAAGUUACUGAACAGUUACUGCUUUGAUUUUGAAACACUCAGGUAUACUCUCCAACUUCUCACCUAGAAAUGGCUGCGUCAGUGACAAACUCCCAUGUGCUGCUUUAGCCGGGGCUGGGGACCUUUGGCACGUGUUCAUUCGGAGGUAUCCAGCUUUAUCCAGCUUCCCAGCAUCCUGCUCAGGAAGUCACUUAAAUAGUCUGCAGGCCUUGACUUCCCAGUAGCACUGUGUGUGGUGCGCUGCCAUCCCGAUGCCUGAGCACUGCUGGCAGCUUGUGCUGCUGUUGUACGACUGGGGCUAAAGGUAUUUCUCUUGUCAUGCUUUGCUUCCAUUGCUACGUGUGAAACAUGCACGUCGCUGCUUCAGGAGAUCACAGUUCUUGUAGUAUUUGUCAAAAGAUUUGUUUUGGUUGUCGAUGUAUUUAGUGUGGGAAUUACCCACGGUAUAACAAUUUGACUUUAUCAGACGCAACCUGUCAGCAAAGGGAAAGCAAAAGAAAACCUGGCGGCUUUUAUUCUGUGUAAGCAGGACCUUUGGGGUGCUGCCGUGCAGUAAAGGCAACAUAAGCGAGCACUGGGAAGUGUCUCCCACACGAUUUGUGAAUGCAUCACUCUUCUAACCUGUAACACCUGCUGCUCGAGUCCUCUGUUCCUGCUCAGCACAGGUUGGCAGUGAGGGAGGAACUUUGCGGGGGGAUUUAAAGAGAGGGCUUGUCGUGGAGGGCUGGGACCCUUCCUGAGGAGGGCUCUGUUCAGUAUCUUGUUGGAAAGAUGUUGAGGAAGUUAAGUUCGUCUCUCAAAAGUUGACUGAGAACGUCAGAACUUCAAUUUGCUUCACCUCUGAUACGGUACCAAAAGUUUGAUUCAUCCAUUCUCAGUUUUUUCAGCAGGACCUUUUGUUCAGGUUGUGCACAGGAGCACACUCAGAGAAUGGCGUUGGAGUGUGUGAUGCUGUGUGCCUUAUUGUCUGCUAGAGCUCCUGAGUGCUUUCACGGCUCCUUUCCCAGUGGCUUUCACUUGCAGUGGGUUACCUGGUUAUAUGGUGUGCCUGGUAGGUGCUGGAGGGUGGCUGUGCAGCUGGUGACUUUCUGCACUAUGCUGAUAGGACAAGGGAGAACGGCUUUAGACUGAAGGAGGUGAGAUGUAGAUUAAAUGUCAGGGGGACUUUGUCACAGAGAGGGCGGUGAGGUGCUGCACAGGCUGUUCAGAGAAGCUAUGGAUGCCCUGCCCAUGGAGGUGCUCCAGGCCAGCUUGGAUGUGGCCCCGGGCAGCCUGAACUGGAGACCCAGCCCAUGGCAGGGGUGGGAACCGGAUGGUCUUUGAGGUCCCUUCCAACCCAGCCGUUGUAGGAUUAGCAGGUUUCCCGUGUGGCCAGGUGAGAUGGGCUUUCUCUGUGGAUGUCGCGAUAACAGUCAACAGUGAAGGAAGCUUCUUGAAAAUACUUUUCCAAACAAGUGUUGUUCUGCACGCGGUCAUAUAGGUUUGUAAUCUCUAAGAAAAGCAGCAUAUUGACUCAUCAGUAUUGACUAAUAUGUUUCCGUUUUACAUCUCUAAUUGACGUUGAGCAAUGUUUUAGCUCUGCUCACGCAGUAGCAGGGUGGAGCUGGAGUAAACAGUGUUCUGCUGGGAGCUGCCUCCAUUCACAGGGCACUGGCACGGCUGCACCAUCCUGCUCUGAGACACACACCCCACGUGUCACAGCGAGGGAUCAGCAUUCCCAGACCCAAGAAAGCCUCUUUAUUGCAGGGAUGGGGAAUAUUUCCAAAAGAGUCACAAGAACUUCGCAGCCAUAGCGCAGGGUCGUACUGCUGGGAUGGUGACAAACCUAUGAGUGUACUGAAGUUUUGAAUUCUGUGAAAGACUUUUUGUCCGUUUUCUUCUUUCUUGUCACUUAGAAAAACGUACUGAUGUGUUUAUUCCUCCAUGCCUGUGUGUAUCUGCUUUUAUCCAGCUUAAAGGAAAAGGAAUUCUCUUUACUUCCAUUCUUGCUGGGAACCUCUGUGUACAUGUGUGCACACAUAUAAAUGAACAAAAAACAUAGUGGCCACGUAAGCAUGGAUUUAUGAUGCAUCUCCAACAGAAGAUGAUACUUUCCCUUUAGGACUGACUGCACAAGGCUGCUUGCUUGCCGUAGGAACUGCACUGCGUUGUAGAACCUGGUUUCCUUGGCUAAACUUCUGAAGAUGAUAACCUCUGAGUUUCUCUUGGUAGUUUUAUGCAGUAUCUGCAUGAGAGGAAAGCCGGGAGCUUUUGUUUUAAAUAUUGUGAAACGAUGCUAGUUCCUUUCUCCAGCCCAGCUCUCGGAGGUGGAUCAGAUAAGUGAACUCUGUCCCUCAGCGAUGAUUCAGUUCUGUUAGUUGGGUUGGUAUUUCGCUGUGUUAGUUGGGCUGCUAUAAGUUGCUUCCUGAUUUCCUACCUGCUAUCUCUGGUAGCUGUCAGACACUUUUGAUUUGCAAACCUCUAGAUGCUUUGCAGGAGAGAUACUGACUCCUAGAUAGAAAAUACCAGCUGUUUCUAGGGCUGGUCUUAUUUGCCUCUGGUGCCUUGUGAGUAAUCAGAAUGGCUUGGUUAGGUUGUCAUGAAAAGAGCCUGGGCAGAUCUUUGGGAGCAAUCUGGACCUUCCCCCUUCUUGAUUUCUAUGCUGCAUAGCAUUUCCUAGUGUGGAUUGAGGGGUAAAGGUGAAACUUCCCCAUCUCUGCCCCAAAAUACAUGCUACAAUAGAAAAAUACAGUGGCUUAGAGUUCAGACUCUGGCUGCUGAUAGUUCUCCUAGCACAAGCACACCUCCUGUGCUCUGCCCCAAAGGAGCACGCCUGUCUUGGUGUUCUAGGCAGCUUUAGAUGCAGCAUCAUUUGGGAAUUGCUUACAUGGAGUUUCUGUGUCACUGUGGUUGGUUCUAUUCUUGGGAGGAAGCUGUGAAUUAGAGGUUGCUGUUUGCUUGUUUGUUUACUUUUCCUAAGUUCUUCUCUUGUAAAUGCAGUGACAUCUUGGUAGCAAGGAGGUGUGCAUCUGAAUGCCACGGAUGUGUUCUGGCUUAUACUGUGUCUUGGUGGGUUUGUUUUUUUUUUUUUUGCUGUUUCAAGUGAAAGCUAACCCCUGAUCUUGAGUAUUCAGGGAAAAGAGCCUGGCUAGCCUCAGAUUUUGCUGAUCUUAGCAGUGUUUUCCCCCUCUGUCACACUGUCCUUGAUACAGUGUGCUCAGGAAGAAGCAGAGAUUUUCAUCUGAGGAUAAGCUGGGCAGAAGUUCCUUUCGAAGAAAAUAAGCUCCACAUCCAGUUUGGGCUGCGUGGACAGUGGGUUUGAGGUGGUGGAGGAGGGAGCACCAGGCAGUGCUAGCACAAUUGCAGAUACAGUGGUCGGUACGUUGGUUGGUUGGUUGGUUUUUUCACUCAUGUAAGCUGUAUCUGUGCUGCUAGAGUUUAACAAGGCAGCUGUAUCAGUAAACUCUUUGUAUUGUCAUUAGAACUGCAUCUUAAGUGCCACAGCCCAGAGCAAAAGCAAAGGAUUGGCAGAAAGCAAGUUCAUCAAAUGAGUGGCGACCUCAUGGAUCAGCUCAGAGACUGCCUGCAUAUCAGCUCCUUGUGCUUGUUAAGAGGUGAUGGAAGGAAAAAAAAAUAACCAAGCAGUUUUUCUCUUUACUGAAUGGGGAUGUGAUGAGCUAGGAGGGAAGAAUUCACAAACGUGGUGGGGUCAUGCUUGUGAGCUUGUUUAUUGAUCGCCCCCUCACACCGCCGUGGCUCCGUGUGCGGCUCCCAUCGGUUAUUGGCCAGGAACUGCCUUGCAGAGGAGGUAUGUAAUCAUUGCAUAGGGUGCCGAGUUCUCUCCGUUUGAUGUAGCAGGAAUCAACUUGGAUUCAUGGGAGCUGAUCUCAGAAUAACGUACGUGUUAGUCUUUGUGUCAUGCCAUGGGAUCUCAGAGGAGUUGCAGAUGGCAAAACAGCAGUGCGUGUGGUUAUGGGUCUCUGCCCUCCUGUCAGGGGAACGCACAGAAGAGAACCCAGAGCCAUUAAUCUACCCUUGACUGCGUGCCAUCUUGGCUGGUUUUGAAGUGACUGUCAGAACUGAGGUGAAUUGUACAGUAUCCUAACAAGAAGGGCCUUUAAUUGUGAGCUCCCAAAUCUCUUCUUUCAGAAGGGAAGCCUUGACAGACACAGCAUGUCAAAGCAGAGACAGGUAGCUCCUUAUGCUUCAGAGCGGCCAGUAGGAAUCAUUUAGAUAAGAUGGACACUCCCUGAUGUGUCUUCUCACUUCUUAAGUCAGUGGUUUUAGGAUGUUCCUGCACUAUGUCCGGACUGUUGUUUAAUAGCCCAUUAACAUAACGUUUUAAUAUUGUCAUUCUUCAAGUGAUCUUUUUCCUGUACAGUUCAUGUUUAUUAAAGAUCCUGUCAUUCUUCAGAUAAAUUACAUGGAGAGCCAUUCUAUCAUUCUAUGAUAUGAUGGGUUUUCUUAAGUGGAACUGGGCUGAGCACUGCAAGUUUCAUGCAGACCACAAAACUUGGUCUCCAAAGGAACUAAGGGAACUGUAGGCAAAAUAUUGUUGAUUUUCUUGAAGUUAUUUUAAAAAGUAAUACUAAAGCAGAGUUCUUUCUAAUGAAAAUUGCAUCAUUCUUUUGUAGUUCAACCAUUCACAGGUUCUCUUAAAAAGAAACCACCUCCCAGAAGUUCAAAUGCAUUUACAUCUCUGCCUUGUACUGAUGCUUACCAUUGUCAGCCUCCUUCCUUAAGUAAUCAACUCAUGCUAUAGAUGAUCUGUUUUCCUUGUGCCUGCUGCACCAACUUUCUACCUUAAAAACAGAGCCCUGAAGCUGCAGUGCUAGUGGGGUGCUAGUACUCCUGCACUUGUGCAGUUUAUGAGUUAGAACCUCAUGCAGUUGUAUGUAGUUACUGAAACAUUACAUGUAGACCAUAUUGCAGUGUGUGAAGGCAGAGAUUAAACUGCCGUGAACUCUUUGCCUCCUUCUUUGCCACUUUCUUCCCUUUCAAAAUUAACCCCUAAAUGCAUAUUUAAAAACAAACAAACAAACAAACCCGAUAUGAAAGGCAAACGUCUGGAAAGGAAUGGGAGUGAAACAUACAGAGGAACAGAAAUAGUCACAGAGGAGACUUUUGCUUUUGCAUUUUUGCUUCCAAGGGUGAGUAGAAUGGCACGUACAUAAUUGCAGCCUUUUUUGUCAUGUAUGAAAUAUGCUGAGUUUUGUGAUGGUGUGGUGAAGGCAUGUGGGCCACCAGGGGACUGCAUACAAUGCUAAGUUAUGAGAAAUGUACUUGACUUUCCACCUGGCCAGAGGUGGGCAUGCUGUCUUACUUCGUUUCUUAAAGCUUGAAGUGAGUUCUUUCUUUUUAGGUAGUGUGUUUGAGAUACCAGUUACUUGUUGUGUGUAAGUAUGUGUGUGUGUAUGUAUCUAUAUUUAAGUUUACCAAGGAAUGGGUGAGGCAUCUGCAUGCUUCUCUGUAUACCAUAUUGCUGUAUAGCACUAAGGUUUGUGGGGAAAUGAAUGGGUGGGGUAACUCCAAACAGCACACCAGGGAAAGAAGCUGAGUCAUAAGAUUUCCUUGCAUAUGGAGAAAGAACUAGGAUUUCAGAUCCCAAGCAUUAGUACUAACAAGCUUUUGUGCUUGUGCUGCAUCUCGGAAGCUCCUUAGGUAUAGCAGCCUUCUUUUAAAACAAUUCUUACUUAGUUUCUGCAAAAGCAUUGUAGCAGUGUGUUAAACCACAGUGAAUAACAUGAUGCACGAGCACCAAAGCAGAGUGCAGUGUGGGGAGGCUGCAGUGGGCGAGCAGGGGCUAAUGAAAGCGGCUGCCCUGUCUCCCCAGCAGGAUGCAGAUGUCUGCUGGAGAAGUAGGCUCUCAAGGAGGAAGAAGGAUCAGUAAAGUAAUUGAAUGGCAAGAGAGAAGUCUGCUUAAUGAAGGGAAUCAGCUGGCGUUCGGUGCUAAAGAAACAAGCAGGGCUGUGAACUGCUGGGGACUUAAUUAGAAGGAAAUUUUCACAAAGGGAGAAGCUGUCUCGUAUUAUGUGUUUCAUUCUUACAUAGCCAUUUAUUUUCCGAUUCUCCAUCUUUUCUGAAUCUAUUGAAUUGGUCUCUUCUGUUCUCUCAAUUGCUCGUCCUAUUACAGCAGAGAAUGUUCAGGAUUUUCAUUUUUCUCUGAAAGAAGUUAUAAUUCUGAGAUUUUUUUUCCUGAGUUUUCAUCUUUAAAUGGGUGAGACCACGAAUAAUGCUGUAAUGCAGAACUGUGGAACUGCUUCAGAAUCAGCCUAAAGCUUUUGUGUGCUGCAGAGUUAAUAGACUAAGUUAAUGGUGGAUUUUAAGGAAGACGCCGGUUAAUGACAAGCAGGAGACAUCAGCAUGAGAUGAACAUGCCUUGUAUGCCUUGUAUGUCUUGUGUGAAGACAACGUAUGUAUAAAUUCUGUUCCUCACAAGGUGUUAGAGCAGUCCAGGCUGUUCUAAUGCUGGAGCUGUUGGGCAGAUCCUGGUGGUAGCCACUGGUACUUCAGGCACACGGUAUGCUGGAGGUGUGACUUCAUGCUUGUGACACGGCCAGUGUAGUCCCUGAGUCCAUGCUUGAAAAUUGUCUUGGAAGUGCUGGAAAGAAGUGCAGAAGUGUUUCGAGAACAGCAAAAAUGCCUUAGAGUGGUAGUGUGCUCCUGCAGCAGUUGGAAGUGCCGCUAAUUGCUAUUUACAACCGCAGCCAUUUGUUAAUGUGUAGUUCUGCAGGCAGAGCCCUGCUUGUACCAAAUAGUUCACUCUGGAGCUCCGAAGUAGUUGGAGGUGUGGGUUAUGCUCUGUCAGUCCCAUUUCCUGCAUGACAGGGAGGUUUUGCCUGUGUUUUGUAUUAGCAGGUUAUGCUACUGAGAUGUAUUUGAGUGAGAGAUGCUCAUGCUCCAGUUUGGUUAGCUCACCAAAAAGAGAAGUGAGAAAUGGUUCAGGUGCAGUGCCUGGGCUCUAGAAAGCCACUUGAUCUUGUCCAGAACCAGGGUAUGAAAGACAGCAAGCAGCAGGAAAUGAAAAAGAUGGAAGAUGUUUUAAUGAUGAAUGUGAAGCAGGAGCUGUAGAAGGAAGACCUGGUGGCUCGCAAUCAUGCCGUUCCCCUUUGGCAAAUCCCACAAGUCUCCUGCAGACAUAGUGAAGAACCUGAAGGAGAGUAUGGCAGUGCUAGAAAAGCAGGAUAUAUCUGACAAGAAGGCAGAAAAGGCAACUGAGGAGGUCUCAAAAAACCUUGUUGCCAUGAAAGAAAUCUUAUAUGGCACAAAUGAAAAAGAGCCACAAACAGAAGCUGUGGCACAGCUUGCUCAGGAGCUGUACAACAGUGGUCUCCUUAGUACCCUUGUAGCUGACUUGCAGCUAAUUGAUUUUGAGGGCAAAAAGGAUGUCGCCCAAAUCUUCAACAACAUCCUCAGAAGGCAAAUUGGUACAAGAACUCCCACAGUUGAAUACAUCUGCACUCAACAGAAUAUAUUGUUCAUGCUAUUAAAAGGGUACGAAUCUCCAGAAAUUGCUCUAAAUUGUGGCAUAAUGCUUAGGGAAUGCAUCAGGCACGAACCUCUUGCUAAGAUCAUCUUGUGGUCAGAACAGUUCUAUGAUUUCUUCAGAUAUGUGGAGAUGUCGACGUUUGACAUUGCUUCAGAUGCAUUUGCCACGUUCAAGGAUUUACUUACAAGACACAAGUUGCUAAGUGCAGAAUUUUUGGAACAGCAUUAUGAUAGGUUCUUCAGUGAAUAUGAGAAGUUACUUCAUUCAGAAAACUAUGUGACAAAGAGACAGUCACUUAAGCUUCUUGGUGAAUUAUUAUUGGACAGACACAACUUCACAAUUAUGACAAAAUACAUCAGUAAACCUGAAAAUCUCAAACUAAUGAUGAACCUUCUACGAGACAAGAGCCGUAACAUUCAGUUUGAGGCCUUUCACGUGUUUAAGGUGUUUGUAGCCAACCCUAACAAGACGCAGCCUAUAUUAGACAUCCUUCUAAAGAACCAGACCAAACUCAUUGAGUUCCUCAGCAAGUUUCAGAAUGACAGGACCGAGGAUGAACAAUUUAAUGAUGAGAAGACCUAUUUAGUUAAACAGAUCAGGGAUUUGAAGAGACCAGCACAGCAAGAAGCUUAAUCUCCAGUAAACCCCUAUAAUAUUAAACCCAAAUUCAGCAGUUGCUGUUAGAUAUUCAGCAUCAGGCACUCUUAUCGAUUCAUGAGGAACAUUACUGCUAAUCUGCUGUUCAGUGAACGGUUUUUGUUUUUCUUUUUUCUUCUUUAGUCCAAGUUGAAAAACAUAGCUGCUGCUUUCUUGCACAAUGUGGACUUUCUUGAUAUUUGUGUCAUUUCAGAAUUCAAAGACACUGCUUGUUUUAUGAGCCCUGAAAAGAAAGAUUCUAGGUUCAUGAACGCAAACAUAUAGAUAAUAGUUUGGUUUAGGAAAGAAGGUAUUAAUGUAGUUAAGUAAAAGGUUGCAUGCUUGCAAAUCUGAAUAAAUCUGUAUGUUUGCACUUACCUUGUUUGAGAUACGAGCACAACGUGACCUGUGCAUACCUGGCACCAUAGUAUAAGAUUAUAUGCCUUGAUUUAAAAAAAAAAUUGUGCAGUGCUUUAUUUGUAAUCAAAGGGGAAAUGUAUCUAAGAUGUGAGCUUAUUGGGAUAAACAGUUGUCUUGCAAAUAAACUGAUACUGAAACUUAGCAACUUUUAAAAGAGUGAAAUCUCAAGGUUCAUAAGGAAAAUGUAUAUAUGCCUUUCACUGCUUUCUAGAGUUUUGGGACAUGAUUUGAUUUUUCUGAGAAUUGACUUGUAAACUUGGAAAUAUGUUCUAAGGGGUUUUGUUAAUUUUGCUUUAAAGGUAUUUCAGGCAGUAGACCUAGCAGUGACAUUUUGCGUUUCAUUUCAACGAUGCUUGCUGGUUUCUUUUGUAUAUAACUCUCCUAGGCUGCUCAUUUCUUUAAAAUAUGAUUUAAUUUGUACAGCAGAGGAAUGUUAUUGUAUUAGUCUGUAACUAUUACCUAAUAUUGAGUUUUGCAAAAUGAAUGCUCAUAUGUAAUUGAAUACUUCAGAUCACAUGGAAAUGCUGAUUUAAUGACCGUAAGUACUGCAGCAUUAAAAGAAAAAAGCCACCAACAAAUCCUUUGUACUCACUUAUCUAACGGGGUGCCAUCAGUUAGGGUAGGCUGACGUAGAGAACUGGAACCCUUUCUACUAGAAUCUUACUGGAUAAUAUUGGCCUUAUUGGAUUAAACUAGCGUUGUGCUCACCAGAUCUGCGGAUGGCAAACGUGAUGCUAAAUUAAUAUGGAUUCUUCUUACUUCUGGGGAGCCUGCAGUGCAUCGUUCCUUUCUUACAAUAGUUAACUCAGUAUGUAGUUGUGCAAGUGAAUGAGUUAAUUCCCUCUGAAUUCAAGAAACGUAAUGACAUAGAUGUCCUAGAGUAACAACAUGAUUUUCCUUUGUUGAUUUUGUUCUUUAAUGCUGCAAACUAUCAGUAUUUAUAAAAACGAAAAACCAACUGAUUUUGCACCAUUUUUUUGUUACUGUGACCAUACAAAAGGAAUCUACUAAAUAUAGCUAAACAAUGUUAUUAAAGUUGUAUUUAUCCAUCAUAUAGUAAUGCUAAGAUCACAACCAACCAAGCGUAUGGAUUGGAGUCUGAAAGUUCAAAUUCUGCAUGGCUGAAUCUGACUGAGAAUGCUAUAGAAAAUGUUUGUUGCUUCCUGUCCUCUUCCUAAUGAAAAUAUUUUGCAGUCGGCAAGAUGAAACUCCUAAGUGACACCUAAGCCAAUUUGAAAGCCUUCACGAGGGAAGUUGGAUAGCUCCAGAAAAUUGACUGCUUUCACCCAGCAGUUUAAAAUUGCUCUUCACAUUUGAAUUGGCCUUUUCCAGGUCCUUAAUGUCCUUUGCAAACAGAUUCAUUUUGCCUGCUGGAAGGAAAAGGGCUGACUCUUCCUGGACGUUGCUUACGCAGGCAGGCAGAACUGGCCACAAGAUGGUAUUGUAGUUCAGUACUAACAGAUUAUUAUUUUCUUGGUUUAUCGUAGCUGAGUGGAAGAAAACGUGAUUUGCCAGGUUACCGUAAGGCUUCCUCUUUAGAAAGAUGUAGAAGUGCUGAAGAGUUACAUGUGUAAAGACGUGAGAACACUGGGACUGGGAUGUAGGUUACUCUAUCGUAGGUCUUGGAAGUAGUGGCUAAGGUAACUUCCUUAACAUGUGAUAACGUUUGAACGUUGGCUUUCGGAAAGAAGUCGUAUUAGAUCAAAGCUCAUUUGGUGUGCUCUUCGUAUUAAAAAAACCCAAGUGGAAGUGGUUUCUUAUCUGCUGGAAGGCUUAAGGAUGUUACUAAAACUUAUUUAAAUGUGAGCGGUUUUUGAUUUUGUGCUUUUUUCUUUGUUUUUCUUUUAAAAUAAGAGAUGUACACAGUUGUAAUUCUACUUCCGUGGUAGCAUUUCAUUUCUCCUGAGGAAAAUGUGUUUCUUAUCCAAAACAAUCUGGCUGGCCCCAUAAUUUAAAUUGAAAUAAAAUUUUGAAGAAAAA